AGUUAAUGGUUGAUUUCUUCCUUUCUUCAUAAUUGUCAGCUCUUCUGGCCUUCACCUCUCUCUCUCUCUGUAUUAUUGUAUUACUGUGCAAGAACUCUUCAUUUUCUUCCUCUUCUUUCUUCUUCUUCUUCUUCUUCUUGUUGAAGCUUAAGCUCUUCCUAAACUCAUGGAUUCUGAAGCUUUGCUUGCAGAUCAUCAACCAACUGAUGGGAUUGUUGAGGAGAAAAACACUGUCAAAGAGAAACGCUUGAAUGGAGAAGAGUCCAAAGACGAGGAGAAUGCAGCCAUUGCCGAAGCUGAAAGAUUAGAUGCCGAUCGAGUAGUUCUUCAAGAAGCAGUCAUUUAUUGUUCUAAAAUGCCAAAUUCAACAUCAGAAAAAGAGUGCAGAAAAGAAGAGGCAAUUAAAGAGGUUGAUUCCUUCAGUGAAGUUGUUGAGACUACAAAUAAGACUAUAGAGAUGAUCAAGGACCACAAGAAUGGCGAGCUCGAGGUGCCAUUGGAGAUUGCAGAAGUUGCCGCUGCCAAUGGCGAGGUCGAGUCUCCUCCGGUCGAGUCGAACAAUGCUAAUUCAGCUGCCGGAGAUGCUGAGGGGAUCUCUGAGCAAGUAGUGGUGAUUCCAACUGAGUCGAGUAGCACUGCGUCUGCUACUUCAGAUGUUGCAAUUGCUGUGGAGACAAGAGAAAUAGAAGCUAAACUUGAAGAUCUAACAGAUUCUGUUAGUGUUAAAAUUACUGACGAUAUCGAAGUAGUUGCAGAUGAAGUCGAAAAACAAGUUUCAAUCACACUAGCGGCUGAUUCUUCAUCUACUGAAAUUGCUGAAGAAUCAAGAGAGGUAGAAGCUGAAGCUGAAGCUGAGCAACAAGUUUCAAGUGAUUCCAGAAUAGCUAAUUCAGAUGUCGAAAAACAAGUUCUAAACGAGUCCAGUAAUGCUGCUUCAGCUACCUCUUUUGCCGAGGAAGCUAAAGAGGCAGAAACUAAAAUCGAAGAAGAGAAAAAAGAAGCAAUAGAAGUUGAAGAACUAGAAGAAGAUGUGACUGCUGAGAAAACAGGAGAAGAAGUCGAAACUGAGACUAAAGAGGUUACUUUAUCUGUUCUAACUACUGAAGAAAUCAGAAACACUGAAGAUAAAAGUGUGGAUGAUCAGAAAGAAGCAGCAAUAGAAGUUCAAGAACAGGCUCCAAGUGAUUCUAGUACUUCCACUCUAAGUAAUGGUAAAAGGCUGGAAUCAAAGCUUAUAGACGAUGAACAAGAGGUACCAGCAGACGCCGAGCAAAAAAUUCAGAGCAACGAAUCUGCAGGGGUAGAAGAAGCUAAAAUUGAUGAUGGUAAGACAGAAGUGGAACAACAAUUUCCAAGUGAUUCCACCAAUGCAGAUGACAACCAGGAAGUGCCAAUAGAAGCUGAAAAACAUGUUGCAACUGAGGCUAGUGAUGUUACUUCGAUUGUUGUUACUUCUGAUGAAGUCGGAAGCACUGAAGCGAGAAUUAUGGAAGAUGAGAAAGAAGCAGAAAUAGAAGUUCAAGAACAAGUUCCAAGUGGUUCUAGCACUUCCACUCCGACUGACAGAAUCAGUGAGGAAACCCAGAAGGUAGAACCUAAGUUUGUAGAUGAAGAGGAAGUGGUGCGAGCCGAAGAUGAAAAGCAAAUUCCAGAAUUUACAGAGAUAGGAGCUAAAGUUGAAGUUGAGCAGCAAUUUCCAAGCGAUUCCGGUGGUACUACUUCUGCUACUGGAAUUACAGAGAAAUCUCGGGAGAUAGAAGAUGAACUUGCAGACGACUGCAAGGAAGUAAUAACAGAAGCUGAAAAGCAAGUUACAAGUGGGAAUAGCAAUGCUACUUUAGCUUUUGCUACUGCUGCUGAAGUCGGAGAAACUGAAGCUAAAAUUGAAGAUGAUGAGAAGGAAGCAGCAACAGAAGUUCAAGAACAGGUUCAAAUUGAUUCUGAUACUUUCACUUCGGCUAACCGAAUUGCCCAGGAAACUAAAAGGCUAGAAUCUAAGCUUAUAGAUGAUGAUCAAGAGGUGCAGGAAGAAGCCAAGAAACAAAUUUCAAGUGAGGAAUCCUCGGAUGUUAGAGUGAAAAUUGACGAUGGUAAGACUGAAGUAGAACCAGGAGUUGAACAACAAUUUCCAAGUGAUUCAUUAAGUCCUACUUCAGUUAUUGUAGUUGCUGAAAGAUCAGGAGAGAUUGAAGCUGAGUUUGCAGAUGACAACAAAGAAGUGAAAACAGAAGUAGAAAAACAAGUUGCAACUGAAACUAAUGACGUCGCUUCAGCUGUUGUUACUGCAGAUGAAGUCAGAAAUACUGAAACUAAAAUUGACGACGAUGAGAAAGGAGAUCUAACGGAGGCUCAAGAACAAGUUCCGAGUGUUUCUAGUACUUCAACUUCAGCUGAUAGAAUUGCUGAGGAAACUAAAAGGUUAGAAUCUGAGCUUAUUGAUGAAGACAAAGCGGUGCUGAAUGAUUCUACUUCUGCCAUUUCUACUCCUGAUGAAUUCAUAGAGACCAAGGCUAAAAUUGAAAGUGACGAGGAAGGUGCAGUGAUAGAAGUUGGAGAACAAGUUUCAAGUAAUUCCAGAACUUCAGCUAACAGAACUGAUGAAGUCAAACUUGCAGAUGAUAAUCAAGAAGUAGUGGUGAAUGCUGAAGAGCAAGUUCUAAUUGAAUCUAGCAGAGAUAUUUUUGUUGUUGCAGGUGUUGAAGAGAAUAAAGAGAUAGAUGCCAAGUUUAAAGAUAAUAAGCAAGAAGAAGAAGCUGCAGAAGUUAGAAAGCAAGAACUGAAUCUUCAGGGAAAUGAAGCUGAUGCUGCAAAUGGCAAUGAACGAGUUUUAGCCAAGGAAGAAACGGAGAAUGCAGCCAUUGACGGCAACUCAGACAAUUCAAAUGUCACUGAGCCAAACACUAUAAAUCUGGUACAAGAAGAUGCAGGUACUGAUCACACUUCAGUUGUACAAACCGCAGUCGAGAUCUCACAACCAGAAGUUGAGGUUGAAACAAACAAGAUUGAUUCUGGUUCUUUCUCUGAAUUACCGACCAGAGAAGAAGAGCCUAAUGCGAGUGCUGAAGGUGUUGACAAGAAAGAUAACAUUUUAGAAGAUAAGGCAUUCAUGGAUAACCUAAAUGAUGUUAAUACGAUCAGUCAAGUUCCCCGAAGCAAUGAUCAGUCACAAACAGAUGCGAAAGACAUCAAUAUUGAGAUCUCGCAAGAAGAUAAAAUCACUUUGGUGGAGUCUUCAAAAAAUCUUGAUUGUAGUACUGAGACUAAUGAUGAAUUUGAAGGAAAGGAAAGUUCAGAAGGCAUUGAAAUAGCAGAGGGUGAAAAGGAGGAUAUUUUGAAAGUUGGCAAAGUGAUCUUGGAUGAAGACUCAAAACAUUCUCAUGCUCCUGACAUUACUGAAUCCUCAAACAAGAUUGAGAAAUUUGAAGUUGCCAAAGAGAAGUGUGAAGACUCAGAAAACAACAGUACAAUUACUAAUGAAGAUGAAACAACUAAAUCAGCUGGUGAAAAUGCUGAUGCUUCAGGUAAUUUGUCUGUGGAAAAUAAAACAUAUGAGGAUAAAGAAGAAAAGCAAAGCAAAGAUGAAAGUGUCAACAAAGACUAUGUCGAAGCUCCAAAAGAUAUUGAUGUUAAAGAGGAGAUUGCAACUGCUGUUUCUGCAUUUGUGGAUGCUGACAACAAAAAAGAAAGUGAAAAAACUAUUGAUGAAAGCUUGUCUCCAAAAUCUGCUGAUCUUGUAAAGCUAGAGGAAGAAGUUCCUAAAGAGAGUGCUCCUGCUAAGUCCUCUCCGCGUCGUUCAAACAACAUAAUAUCAAAGGUCAAGCACCAAAUUGUCAAAGCAAAGAAGGCAAUCAUGGGGAAAUCACCAAGUUCAAAAGCCAUGUCACCGAAGAGCAAAGAAGAAAUCAAAUAGAUAUAGCAUAAGACUAAUUGUUUUAGUGUGCUCUAUUUAGUUGUUGAGUCCUGUAAAUAACUAAAGGGCCUAUGGAGUGUUUCUGAUCCUUGCUUCGACCAUGAAUGUACAAUGAGGUGGAAUCUCCUGCCAGGAUUCAAAGGAUCGACUAGAGGAAAUAAGGCUUCAGCUUGUUGCAGAGUUGUGUGUUUGUCUAGUUCUUGUUCUUAUUUGUAUUUAAAGGUUUGUUAUUUGUGAAGACAUUAUUUGGGUUCA